UUUAAACGCCAACGGAUGGCGCCCUUAUCAUGACUUAACUAGCAAAUGAUACGCAUCAUCGAUUUGAGUUGCUCACUGUAACUGUCUUUUGCACACGAUGACUCACGCUCGAAAGCCCUAAUUUGACGCUCCCAGUAUAUGUCGCCAGUGUGUUCGCUCUCCGCCAACUGACCUACUUCUGCCGCACAUCCUUAUUUGGGGUUUGUUUUCCACAAUUCCAUUUCCCUUUGCAUUGCAGCUCGGCCUCCCCCCAAUGGACAUGAACUCAUUGCUAGGUGCAACUCGGCGGCAGGCAGUCCUCUCUUCUCAUGUUGUUAUCUUCGCCCUGGAGGGGGAACCGAUGGUGGUGCUGCUGAUGUACCACAAUGGCGCGUAAAGUAGACUGCUGCCCUGUAAAAGUGGUUUAUUAUCAUCGAGAGCGCAUGCGUGUGUGUGUGUGUGGGCAUGUUGCCUUACCCUCCCCUCGCUUGUGGUGUGAUCGUCGUGAGUGUUGAUCCCUCGAUGUCGAUGUUUUACCCUUUCGCUUGCUGCACAUUGCACACCAGAAAGAGAGAGAGGAAGCGAGAGAUGCAUAUGCCUCUCUGUGUGCAGCAGAUGCAGCUCAGAGGAGUGGAGGAGACUGCACACACUAUCGGCUUUUUUUCGUCUGUUCGUCGGCUUGCACGGCCGCCUUGGCAGCCAGAAUUGUCAGAGUAGUUGUCGGAGUGCCCCCGAGGUGAUCGCGUAUCGUGUGCUGUGCGCCCUGCCCACGAUCUCGCCCAGUUGUGUCGUUUGGGAAGAGAGAGAGAGAGAGAGAGAGAGGGAACAGCAUGUGAUAGACCACUAAUGCACCACCAGCUGCCUACAAAGGCAGCGUGCAGUGGAGUGCACUUUGGAGCCGGGUGCACGCGGACAGGUUCAAAACCACACCCGCUGGCGGGUUUGGGGUUUGUGCCGAGCGGACAGGCAUCGUAUCGUGUCGGUUUCGUCACAGACAUUCUGAACUAUUCGGGUCCCUCCUCUCCCCCUCCGUGUCUCCUCCCGUGUAGAAGCGAUCGCGCGCGCGCGCGCUCGAAAUAGACGCCUCGCCGAGCAGAAGUUGCGUCGUGACCGUUGCCUGAGUCGCGCGCUGGUUAGUGUGCUCUACUGGCUUCGUUCGGUCGUUUGUUCAUUUGUGUGUUCGAUACCGAAGCUAAACGCCCAGUGGGUGCAGCGUACAGAAAAAAAAACACCGUGUGUUUGUGUGUUGUCCGCAAGUGUGUAGGAAUAUGGCCCUUUUUUGGGAGACGGUGACAGGUUUACCAGAUUGUUGAAGUCGGUUUUUGGACAUUAAUUACACCCCAGAGUACACACUCGUCCGUCGUUCAUCGUCGUCAUACAGUGAUCGUUUCGUUUUCUCCACUUCCAACGCCGCCACCACCAGCAAGAUGACGAAAAAAGCCGGUAUUAUGAAAAUUCAUAACUACAGCACCCAGCCACCACCACACGAGAAAGUGAGAACUCGAUCGGUCGUCAGCAGAGAAGCGCAGGAGACGAACGGCGGGACGGCGGUGCGAACUGUCGCCGAAGCAGAAGGUGCCUCCAAGCAGGAUCAGCAACCGCAGAAACCAGCCCCGAAAGCGGCCACCUCUCCGACCCCCACCCAUCUAAGUCCGGAGCUGGAGAAUACGGCCAACCGGCUGACGUUGGAAGCGGGCAAACGCGCGGGUCAACGCGACCAACCAACGGAACCGCAGCAGCAGGAGGAGGCGGUGGCAGAGGAAGUGGAAGUGGCGCCGGAGGAAGACAGCCAGGCGGAGGAGCAGACCACGAGCGGUGCGAAAAGGCGUCGGGUGGAGGAGGAGGACAGUGUGUCAGCGUCGGAAACGGCGCAACUGCAGUCGAAGCCUCAGACGGAUGAGGAGGAACCGAACGACAGCCAGCUGUCGGAGCACAUAAUACAGGGCGAGGAGAGCGAGCGUCUUGUGGAAGAGCAGGAGGAGCAGGAGCACGAGGAAGAGCAGCAGCAGCAGCAUCAGGAAGAGGAAGAGCAGGAGGAGGAGCAGCAGGCCGAUACCGACAGCCUGGUGGAGGACCUCAACGAGGACGACCGCACGUCCUCGUCGACGGUCUCUGCCGAGGAGACGCUCGACCAAGUGAUGGAAAGCUUCAACAAAGGCCGUCCGAAUACGAUCCACCACCACCACAGCCUGAAGCGGCAGCGAGCAGACGAAACCAGCGCGAACGCGUCCUCAGUCGAUCCGCUCAUGAUGACGAUGGAGCAGCAGCAGCAGCAGCAGCAACAGGACGACGCCCCAAUGGAGGAGUACGAGCAGGCGGUCACCGUGGUCGGUGGCAGCGUGUCGGCCAACGACGACAUCGAGGACACAGACGGCACCCUGGCCGGCAACCGGUUAUUCAGGAAGAAGGUGAAACGAAAACUACCCAUCCGGCCGAACAGCAGCACCGCGGUGGGCAGCGGCACCAGCGGCGGCGCGACGGUCAGCACCGCCAACAGCAGCGACUGCUCGGCCAAGGCCAAGCUGCAGAUGGUGCACGAGUUCCCGAUGCUGUUUCUCGGGCUGCGCCGCAACCGGAUGUUUCUGGUGAACUCGCUGGCCCAGUGGUUCGAUCUGAACCAGCGCGACAUCAUACUGACGCUGCGCAAGAUCAAGCAGAACGAGAGCAGCGUCCGGCUGGGGUCGGUGUUCGCGCUCGGCUCGACCGAGGUCGAGCUGCUGUUUCACACAAACGUGCCUAAGAUAGCGGACUGCCUGCGCAACUUCAUCGUGUGGCCGGACGACAUCACGAUGAAGCUGAACGUGCCGAUCAGCCUGCGGCAGCACUUCCAGCGGAUCCACCUCAUCCUGAACUAUCUGGUGGUGCGGGUGAAGCAGAGCGCCGUGCAGGAGCUGCCGGCGGUCGAGAUCGCCACCUCCUUCUGCCCGGACGAGCAGUGCCACAAGCUGAAGUACCUGGUCGCGUCCACGCUGGACGGGUGCGUGUGCUUCGUGUCGCGCGCGUUCGGCGUGCAGACGGACGACGAGCAGGUGCUGAGCCAGUCCGGCUUUCUCACCAAGUUCAAGACGAACACGAACCUGAUCGCGGGCAAAAACUUCCACCACUUCGAGGACCAGCUGGCGAACGGGCACCACCACGACCACACCAACAACAAUGGCGGGCACGGCAGCCGGCGGAAUCGGGUCGCCUCGGGCAGCAGGUCCGGCGCGGACGGCGACGACGAUCUCGAGCGGGUACUCGGCGGCGGCGGCGGCAGCAACAGCAACAGCGUGGACAACUUCGAGGACAUCGUGUCGGAGAAGAUCAGCAAGAGCAAAACGUUCAAGCUGAAGAACUACAUCGAGAACAUCCUGGAGAACUUCCAGAGCCAUCAGCUGCUCAGCCCGCAGACCUGCAUCGACGCGCGGACGCUCAAGCUGCUGGACGACAUCGUGGUGAUCGUGGGUGCGCUGAUCAAUCUGCAGAAGCAGGAAAUCGAGUAAGGAGGAGGGAGAGAGAGUGGAGUAGUGUGCUGGGCCGGUGGGGGCCUCCUCUCGCAUGAGGAUGAUGUGUUGGGGGAAAGGAAAUGGGCGGUUUCAAAGGGAAAGGGGAAAGGAGAGAACGGGAAGGGAGCACUGUGGCCGUGAUGGGAGCAGCUCGAUUUGAACUCAUCGAUUUCACGCCUGGAUCAUAUCAAUUAGUGCAAAGGCGCUCCGUACUUCGUUUGCUCUUGUAUAUUUCAUAAUGCUCAAUUUUCAAUCGUUUCGUCGCUUUGCAUCGAUCGUGUGUAUCGUCGAUAUCGGAAUUAGAAGUUUUGUUUGUAUUGUCGUGUGUAACGCCGCGCCCUCCGUUCUCUUCUCCGGUAAUGCUGUCGAUCGAGCGAGCACCAAGCGGCCACAGUGCGGAAGGGGGCAUCGCAGGUGUAUGUUUAGGGUGAACUGGAGUUCGAAUUAAAAGUAAGAAUAAGCACACAGAGAGAGACGACAGAGAGUACACGUUUAUCGCAUCCGGUCCUUCUCCCUGGCCCUGGUCCUUCUCCCGCGACGAGGCCCCGUCCACAGCAGCAGCAGCAGCAGCAGCACAUUUAGUUUUGCCCAUUUUAUGUGUACUUUUGUUUGAUCCCGCAGUUUGCCCCUGUGUGUACGACGCUGUACAGUAGUUUGUAAGAUAGUAGAGAUUUUGCAAAAUAAAAAUACGCUUUGCAAAGACCGACGAAACAGAAAGAGAGUGGUAGCAGUAGCAGUGUGUGGGCAAUGGAGGCGGAGAGGAGCGGAGGAGUGCGAGAGGUUUGAUUUUAAAAGAAGCAAAAAAGUAAAUAUAUAUAUAGCAAAAGCGACGCAAAACGCGCAUGCCACGGGAAGGCGCGGGAGCAGAUCGCGCAUCCAGGAGGGCGUUCGUGUCUGUACAAAACGGCGGAAGGAUGCGUCCCAGACACAUUGGGUUGUGUUGCCGCUGUGUGUCCUCAAGAGGGCUUUCGUUUUAGGGGAAUAAGUCAGACAACACUACAAAAACACCCAUAGCUAGCUAGGCCGCCGUGUGCGAGUUGCGAAGGAAAAGAGGCACAGUGCGGGUGCCCUCAGAACAGGUACCCAGAGCGCAGAUCGCUAAGUUGCUUGAUCUGCAGCGAGAUCUGCUCCCGGAAGUUAUUUGGCAAAUUAGGAUGGGAGAGUGCUCUGUAUCCUCGACGCGCACGGGAAGAGCAGCAGCACAUCUUCACUAAAUCAUUGAAGUAUCCGUACGCUGUAUACAAAAUAAACUGAGAGCACGCUGGCAGGCAAGUGCUGGUGGGGCAGAUCGUGCCGACCGACUGCAUUGUGAACGCAGCUAACCGCAACCCGAGUCGAUUAUGAUUGAAAUGAGAAAUCGCGAGAGAGCAUGCCUGGGUGUGCGGGGACGGAUUGGAACACACACACAAAGAUUAGUAACAUUUACUGGUUAAGCGUAGCCGUAACGAUGAUACAACAAAAUAAACAGACCCUUUUUUGGAAACAAUGCUGCUGUGUGGGGAGUUGGGAGCUGGCCGCUGGAACCGGCCCUGCUCGUCGGUAGCGAAAGAAAGGCGGAGGUGCGAUCGAUCAAGCAGGAUUGCGAAGUGAGUGACGAAAACAUACAAUACACGAGACAAAGACUGCGAAUGGAGUGGCCGGAGUGCACCGGAAGGAGAGGCGGCUGGGUAGAUCUCUGAACACUACAGAAAUUUAAAUCACACACGGACAGACUCCUCCUCUCCCAUAGUGGAUUACAAAAAAUAUUAGCUAGCUGGGGAUGGGAAUAAGUCGAAGGGUCGGUAGGGUAUGGCGAAUAGGCGCACUGAACGAGCUGCCGGGAAGGGAAGGCCUGCGGACGGAAGUAUGUACAUAGAUACGGAAAUAAAGAUUAAAAUUGGAACUUGA